UGUACGAACGCGCAUCAGCGGCAAACGAUCAUCGUGUCACACACAUACUGGAACGAACUGUAGUAGCUUCUAGCCGACCAGUUCUAGUUGAUUCUUCAAUCCGUUAUCAACUCGACAAUCUCCUCCGUGUUGUCGUCUGACACAAACUGUCCAGUGCACGCGACAUGCAUAACUUUAGUGCCAACUAGAACUUGCGGAAAGUGUGCGGAUAAACUGAAUUUAAUUGCUGGUUGCUGACGGUGUAUCGUCCUUAUGAACGAUUAAAUGAGCAAGCCGCCCCCUCUCUUUUGGUUGUUGCUGGAUCAAAACUUGAAAAGGGAAAAAAAAAGAACGAACGAGCGCAAGUUUUAUAAUCAGCCCGUUAUUUCGUCAGCUGGAAACAACGAGAAAAACACAGACGAACGACAACGUGGCAGACGUGUGACGCCUUGAUCAGAUAACGAGGGCGAAAAACAAAUCAGGAAAUUAAGAAUGUCGCAUCACAACUGGUGCUUCUGUUGGACGAUUGUGUUAGCGAUGCCUUUGCUAGUCAUUGGCCGGCUUCAUCAGACGUCAAACUCGAGACCACCGUUCAAUUUCACUUGGCCAACGAAAAAAGCGUCUGAAGUGGAAGGCGAUCUCAUUCUCGGGGGUCUCAUGAUGAUCCACGAAAGACAAGAUGACAUCACCUGCGGACCUGUCAUGCCGCAAGGUGGCAUUCAGGCCUUGGAGACGAUGUUGUUCACCAUCGAUCAAAUCAAUCCGAUCCUGUCCAGCACGGCCGGCUUCACCAUCGGAGCUCACAUCCUCGACGAUUGCGACAAGGACACGUACGGACUCGAACAGGCCGUCGCUUUCAUCAAAGGAUCGAUUAACAACAUCGAUGAUACAGAUUACAAAUGUCUUGAUGGAACUGUGCCGGAUGUGAGGAAUAAAGUCAUCUCCGGUGUUGUGGGCGCUUCAUCGUCCGUGACGUCCAUCCAAGUGGCCAAUCUUUUGCGACUCUUUAGGAUCCCCCAGGUUUCCUUCUUCUCGUCGAGUCCCGAGCUGAGUAACAAGCAACGCUUCGAAUACUUCACUCGGACUAUUCCCUCUGAUCAUCACCAGGUGAUGGCCAUCGUGCAAAUCAUCCGUCUUCUCAAGUGGACCUACAUCUCCAUCCUCUACGAAGAAUCCACCUACGGCAUCAAAGCGUUCGAAGAGCUGGAAGUACUCCUGGCCAAGAACAACAUCUGUAUAGCCGUCCGGGAGCGUCUGGUGAAGGAUUCAGGGGUGGCGGGCGAAGCGGCCUACAACGGCAUCGUCCAGAAAGUCAACUCGAAACCCAAAGCCAAAGGUGUCAUCAUCUUUGGCUCGGAUCAGGAGGUGUCGGGUGUGAUGCGAGCCGUCCGACGCAACAAUCUGACGGCCAAUUUCAACUGGAUCGGCUCCGACGGAUGGUCUGGACGUCUGCUCGUCUCCGAAGGCAAUGAGCAAGAGGUCGAGGGCACUUUGGCAUUCCUGCCCCAAGCUCACCCGGUCAAGGGAUUCGACAAUUAUUUCCUGGGGCUAACGCCGCAGAACAAUAAGCGCAAUCCCUGGUUCAUCGAAUUUUGGGAAAAUCAUUUUCAAUGUCGCUACCCUUCUAGCCCACCAACGCCAUACAAUCAGGAUUGGCACCGGAUGUGUACAGGUCGAGAAAAACUCACUGCUGAAGGCACCGAAUUCGAGGGACAAUUGCAGUACGUCUCCGACGCCGUCAUGGCCUUUGCCAACGCUUUCAAGGACAUGCAUCAGACGGUCUGCAAAGGCCAACGAGGUCUGUGCAAAGAAAUGGUGCCCAUUGAUGGAAGUGAAUUGCUCAAGUACUUGAGACGAGUCGAAUUCACAGGAUUGAGUGGCGAUCGUUUCCAGUUUGACGAUCACGGAGACGGUCCUGCCCGAUACGACCUGAUCCACUUCAAGCAGGUCACACCCGGUCGAUACCGAUGGGUCCGCGUCGGCGAGUACCACUCAGGACAACUGAAGCUCGACAUGAACGAGGAGCUCCUAUUCCGCGGGGAUCAGGUGAUGCCACCCGAGUCCAUUUGCAGCCGGCCGUGCAACGCUUCGCAGGCGAAAAAGUAUGUGGAAGGCGAAGGUUGCUGCUGGACGUGCGUCGAAUGCGUCAGCUAUCAGAUCCGGAAUCCGGAUGAUGAAACGCAAUGCUCUGCUUGUCCGCAAGGCACUCUACCCAACGCGGAACGGAAUCAAUGUCUAGCCAUUCCCGAGGUUUACCUUCGACCUGACACCGGAUGGGCCAUUGGAGCCAUGUCAUUUUCGGCUAUUGGCAUUCUGCUCACCUUCGCGGUUUUAGCUGUGUUUUUGCAACACAAUGACACGCCUGUGGUGCGAGCAUCUGGACGAGAAUUGAGUUACGUCCUGCUCAGUGGCAUCCUGCUCUGUUACAUGGUCUCCUUCCUGUUUGUCCUGCGACCAACGGACGUUGUUUGCGGAGUCCAGCAAACGGCCAUUGGCCUUUGUUUUAGCGUCGUCUACGCCGCGCUGUUUACCAAAACGAAUCGCAUCGCCCGCAUCUUCCGCAGUGGCAAGAAAUCCGCCGGACGACCAGGACUCAUCUCACCCAAAUCGCAACUGGUCAUCUGUGGUGGCCUGGUUUGCGUUCAAGGAAUCAUUUUGCUAGCGUGGCUCUGGGUUUCUCCGUCGGUGGCUAAACAUGUCCACCCGACACGCGAGGACAAUCUGCUCGUCUGUUCCUCGUUCACCGACGCUUCUUACAUGAUGGCGUUUGCAUAUCCGAUUCUUUUGAUUCUCCUGUGCACCAUCUACGCCGUCGUGACACGCAAAAUACCGGCCGCCUUUAACGAGUCAAAGUACAUUGGGUUCACCAUGUACACAACGUGCGUCAUCUGGCUGGCCUUCGUGCCCAUCUACUUCAGCACGGCGAGUAAUUUGCCGCUAAGGAUCACCAGCAUGAGCGUCACCAUCAGUUUGAGCGCCACCGUCACGCUGGCCUGCCUCUUUUCUCCGAAACUUUACAUCAUCAUCUUCCACCCCGAGCGCAACGUCCGACAAGCUUUGACGGUGCCAACAGCCAAAACGUCGGCAAUUCACCACCAUAGAAACGGCCCAUGUUCCAAUAACGGCCAUUUACCAACUAACGGAGGAAACAAAAGCCCAGAACCCACAAAAGAACUGGUGUCGUCCACCGCUGUGCACAAUCAACUGCUUUCAUCGUCCUCAGCCGGUCAACAAGUUCAAACGCAACUCAUUCAAACGGAAAUCGGCCAAGACAAUGAAGGCGAUUUGACGGUGAAAGUGAUGACGACUAGCGGCACCAUCUCCGUGUCCCGGAUUAUGCUGAACGAUAAGAAUCGCCAUUCCACCAUCACUUGUAGUCGACAUAGCAAAUCGCCCGUUUCGGCCGUUCGUCACGUUUCCCUGUAAAGCAAUUGCCCGCCAAUCGCUUUCCGUUAGAAAUGAUUUUAUUCUGUACAUGAUCAAACGUUUUUAAACUUACUUCGCUCGACAGUCGUGUCAGCUUUUAUUAGGUCACGAAAUUGAAUGUGCAACUUUGAAUGACGUUAUGUUUUCGAUAGGCUCUUUGGUGGCUUAUUUGUGUACA